GAGGACGACUGCUCGCGGGUGAGGAGGGGGAGGGGGAGAGUGAUGAGGAGGAUUACGAAUCGACGACCUCUGACUGCCGCUCCCGGCUGACAAAUACGACAAACAGAUGAACUUGGACGAGGAGCAGGAAACGCUGCAGAAAAUUAAAGACGCCCGCCAAGACCAGUUGUUCCCGGACGAAGUGGACACGCCAGGCGGGUGUGGCGGCCGCGCGACGCUACCAGAAGUACCGCGCCUGCAGUCGUUCCGCACCUCGCCCUGGGACGCCAAGGAGGAUCUGCCGCGCGACUACGCGCGCAUAUUCCAGUUCCAGAACUUCAACCGGACGCGGAAACGCGUCAUGGAUGAGGCCGAAGAUUGCUGUGGCGCUUAUCCCGGUUGGUACAUCUCGGUGCACAUUGCGAACGUGCCGGCGGCGGUGUACGGAAACCGCGGUGUCCAGCCGGUGGUGGUGUUUGGCAUGUUGGCGCAUGAGCAGAAGAUGUCCGUGGUGAACAUGGUGCUGAAACGGCCCAACCUGGUGUUGGACGAGGCUAGUGCGCAGGCGCCGAUCAAGUCCAAACAGCAGCUGGUGUUUCAGUGCGGCUACCGUCGCUAUAGGGCGUGUCCCGUCUUCAGUCAACACACUAACGGCAGCAAGCAUAAGUAUGAAAGGUACUUCCAGCCGGAUGCCACAGUAGUAGCGACAGUUUUCGCUCCCAUUAUGUUCCCUCCUUGCUCUGUGCUCGCCUUCGAAGAGAAAAGCGAUGGAUCCAUGCCCCUAGUAGCAACAGGCAGCCUGCUAUCAGUUAACCCCGAUCGACUGGUGAUCAAGAGGGUCGUGCUGUCAGGUCAUCCGUUCAAGGUCAACAAACGAUCAGCUGUUAUUCGCUACAUGUUCUUCAACCGUGAAGACAUCGCCUGGUUCAAGCCGGUCGAACUGAGGACCAAGUACGGUCGCAGAGGUCACAUCAAGGAGCCUCUGGGUGAGUUUUAAGUCGA